AUGGUGACGACAAUCCACUCUGGUCUUCCCACUCUGGUCUUCCAACUCUGGUCUUCCAUCUUGAACACCACCCACGGCGACAGCUCUUCACUCAUGCUCUUGCAUCUUGACCAUCUGACAAUCAUUACCACCAUCCACAGUGACGACCAUCCACAUUGGCCUUCCACCUUGGCCAUUCCUCUUGACCAUUAUGACAAUCAUGACCACACAACCCACCGUGACCACCGUCCAUCAUACGACAACCACCGUACCACGAACCGCUAUUCAACAUCCGCCGUCCAACAUACACCUACACUACGAAUCACUUAUCGUGACAAUAGUUCACCGUCGCGGCCUUCCACUCUUGGCCUUCCACAUACCUACCAUCUAUUAUGUCUACCGUCGUCCAUCGUGACCGUCGUGCAAUCAACCAUCGUGACUAUCUUCGUCCAUCGUGACCAAUAUCUUUCGAUCGACCAUCUUGCAAUCAACCAUCUUCCAAUCAACCAUUGUGACUAUCUUCGUCCAUCGUGA